GUUUUCCUGAAGAAAAAUUCCAUGGGUACUGUACCUGAUCCCCUGAGAUCUGCUAAAACUUCCCUGAUUGCUACUUCUGGAAAAGAAGAGGAUCUAGAAGUUCUUUCUGCCUCAUCUCAGCACAGACAAAUCCUCCUGUGUAAGAAUACCAAUGGCCUUUCAGGGACUCCUACAGAGCCAGACUUCAGCUCCAGGGCAGCAUCUAUGGCCUUGAUGCAGGCUUGUGAGCAUGAGAUGACCCAGCCAGACAUGUCUUCUACUGGUGUCUUCAAUGAAGUGAAGACGGCACCUCCCGCACUCAACUCUUCUGGUAAAACCCAGCUGUCAGGAAACAGCAUGCCCACAGCACCAGCUCUGUAUUCUGCAGCAGGUAAAGUUCCUACACAAGCACCAUUUACCAUGCCAGCCACCCAGCUGGAUGAUCAGUCCAAUGCCAGCGCCUCAUCCAUCUCUGAAGGUGUCCAGGUGAAAUCACAGAGUGAAGAGCAACCUGAGAAGUCAAGUUGUCUUGCUACAGGAGGCAUUUGUGGCAACAUCAAAGAUCAAGUAUCUUGUGAUAUUCCUUUGCAAGACACAAUCCAGGAUAUGGUGCAAACUCCCAAUAUAGCAACUCCAGUGUCCAACCAUUCCGCUUCUACUGUAGGGGAGCCUGAAGAGGAGAGUCAGCAAGGCAUUUGUGACCCUGAGCCAACACCCUGCAAAUCUCCAGUUAGGGCAUUUGCAUGUUCAGAAAACAAUCAGCCCUUUCCCACUGCCUUGGACACCCACGCAGUGACUUCUGUCACACCUCAACCAUCUCACCUCUCUAGCAAAUGUUCAGUGGUUCCUCCAGAGCCAGAGAAGGUGGUGCUGACAGCACAGCAUCAGGUGUCAAGGUUCAAAGAGGCAAGCACAAUGACCAACCAAGCUGAAAGUGAGAACAAGGACGUUCCGAACAGAACUCGGCAAGAUGCCGAGGUACAGGCAGUGGCAAGUGUUGAAAAUAGAGCUGUCUCCACCAGCCCCAGCAUCCUCACUGCAUUCUUAAAGGAGAUCCCUGCUUCUAAACAUUUUGAACAACAAGAGCAGCUGCGUGUCAUCUGCCAUGGCAUUGGCAGCGGGAGCCACACAUUGGAGCUCUCUGGCAGCAUGCUAGCCCCCCAGGAGGCAGGUCAGGGCUGUGGUAUCAUGCCAGAGGUGCACAUCCAAGAAGCUGCAGCUGGUUCCAAAGCUUUGCAAAGGGAAAGUAAAUCAAUAAGCUUACCAGGCCAGGUCCUUCAAACCUCACCAGUCAAUGUGGCAUCCAAUAAUGCUCAAGAUACAAGGUCAGCAGGGAUGACGUCCAAGCGAGAAGAGACAACCUCUAAACAGAUUUCAGGUACUAAUUCUAGCUCCCUGAAAGUUAGACCUGUUGACCAGAUUUCUAUCUGUUCAGGCAGUCAAGAUGAAAUCAGUCGUGAAAUGGAGAAAUCUGAAGUCAAGCCAUCUGAGUUUAUAGUGAAAACCAUGAAUGACCAACAAACAGACACAGAUCACAAACUAUCCAACACUUGUGCCCCCACCCACAAAGCUGACCAAUUUGAGAACUUGAAUCCCACUGAGAAAGGAGGUACAGGAAAGAAGAAGCCUGCAUCUCCUCAGAUAGUAAAACAACCAGAGUCUGCUGGCACUAAUCCACCAGAUGCAAAGGCAGAGGCCAAAUCCCCAUUACUCAAUUCCAAAUCUCAAGAAAGUAGAGUCAUAGGAUCAACUGUUAAUUCCACCCCUUUAUCAAUGAAGAAGAACCAGGAAAGCACCUUAGAAGAAAAUAAGCAAACCAAGACAGCUACAAGCCUGAGCCUGCCUUCUGAUUCUAUGGGUGACUCCAGCCCAAGUUCUGGCAAGAGGACCCCUUCUCGCUCCGUCAAAGCCAGUCCCCGCCGGGGCAGCCGGGUCAGCGAGUUCCUCAAGGAGCAAAAGUUAAACGUGACAGCUGCUGCCGCUCAGGUCGGACUCACCCCAGGAGAGAAGAAAAAGCAGCUUGGUGCUGACUCCAAGUUGAAACAGUCCAAACGCGUCCGAGACGUGGUGUGGGAUGAGCAGGGCAUGACCUGGGAGGUGUAUGGUGCUUCCUUGGACCCGGAGUCCUUGGGUAUUGCGAUCCAGAACCAUUUGCAAAGACAAAUCAGGGAACAUGAGAAAUUAAUCAAAGUCCAAAGUGACCAAACCCGCAGAUCCAUUUCCUCAGAUACUUCUUCAAACAAAAAGCUCAAAGGAAGACAGCAUAGUGUUUUCCAGUCCAUGCUGCAGAACUUUCGACGCCCCAACUGCUGUGUUCGUCCUGCCCCUUCAUCUGUGUUAGAUUGA